AUGGCGAAACGUGGCGCUGCGACAAAACAGAAGCAAAAGCGGGCACCGGGGACGCGUAUCGAUCCGUCGAAAAUGGUUGUGUGCACGAUAUGCCAACGUCCGCUGACGGCUAGUAAGCACUUCGCCAACACGCUGCUCGACCACGCCAAGCGUCACCUGGAUAUGAAGCAAUACGUGUGCAGUUGCUGCGACCGGUCGUGCGUGGGAUGGCACGAGUGCGACAAGCACAUCCAGCUGGUUCACCCCGACCAGGCCGAGGCGAGGGUCGUCGACACGUUGACCUCCGACAUGCUGAUGUUGUUCCGCGACCAAGCCAUCCGAUGUUUUCCGGCUUUCGAGAAGUCGAUGAACGAUUGGUGGGAGCGACAGUUGCCGAAAUAUGAAGAGCUACGCGCCAAGGAGACUGCAGAGACGGAGGCUGAGGUGCUUUUACUUCAAAAGCUUGACGCCGAAGGGCUGGCCUUGGACGAGGUGGAGCAGCUCGGCGAAGUUGACGCAGAUCCCGGAAGAGUUGCAGAAGCUGUGGUGGAAGGGAUUCUCGACGAGCCAGAACCCGUCGUUUUGCGGGGCCGCGUCGUCGAGGAGCAAGACGAUGAAACAGAUUUUGACGCCAUGCCAUCGACUUCCGACCGGUUGGCCGUGCUGGCAAACGGCGGAUAUGCCGAGCCCCCUGUCUACACCAUCACCGACUCGCCGCCGCCCGAGGAGGAGAGCAUGAAGUCCCCGAGAAUCGAGUCGCUGGCCGACAUUUUUGGCGUCGAUCCCGAGCCCGAGGCCGGAGUCGAAAGAGGCAUGCCGAAUGAAGAGCGUGGUGUGUACCUGGCGGCGAUUGGGCGCUUGAAGAUGCAGCUCCAGGCCAAGGAGGGCGAGCUUAACGUCUUGCGCGCGCGGCUGAAGCGAUCGGAGGAAAUUCGCUCCCAGCAAUCGUCGGUGAUCGUGAGGCUGAAGGUCCGCCAACACCGCAUUCAAACGCACUACGCCACCCAGCAGCCU